ACGCUGGUACACCAUUUUGCAGGAGCAGGUAAUCUGCGCCUGCUUGGCAUCCUUAUCCGCCAAGGGGCAGACGUCAAUGCAAAGAACGAGGAUGGAGUCAUUCCUUUGCAUCUAGCGGCGUAUCAGGGCCACCUUGAUGUCGUUCAGGCUCUAUCAGACCUUGGGGCAGAUAUCAACGCAGUCGAUCGAUACUGUCAGACACCAUUGCAUAUGGCAGUCCGUGGGGGUCAUCUAGACGUAACGGCGCACCUGCUCAAGCUGGGUGCGGAU